AUGAGGGUUGCGGAGUUGGUUCAACAGCCCGGUCGUGACCAUCUUCCGUAUCUCACUCCGUAUCCACAUGGACGGGGUCAAACAUGGUUCAACCGAUCCGGGAACGGGAUCAGCGCAUGGAUCAACCGUAUGAUGUACUCGGCCCUCGACAGUGGACAUCCGACUUUCACUCACUUCCCAACCGACAAGCAGGUUCUGUGGUUUCGUCAGUUUGCGCAAGAGUUCAACUGGAAUUCCGAUGAGACGCUCUUUAUCUAUCACCACUUCGUCCAUAAAGUAAUGGACAACUAUGGGAAGCAGAUCCACGAGUGGAAGAAGAAGUGGGAAAUCAAUAAGGUCCCAAAGUCGAUGAACGACACGGUCUGGAAGGAGUUGUGUGCGCAUUGGGAUAAGGAGGAGACGAAAGAAACUUCUUCCACCAACUCCACCAACCGCAGGAGCGACCGUAAAGGGAAGGGCAUCUACAAGCAUAACUUGGGUGCUCAAUCUAUUGCCACUCUCGGAGAUCGCAUGGCGGAAGAAAAUGAUGGCGAGCCGGUCGAUGAUCUCGCCCUAAUGAGGAGGGCGUAUACCAACAAGAAGACCGGCCAGAUUGAUGACGGUCUUGUGAGGGACGUGGUCGACCUGGUCCAAACUCAGGUGGUAGACGAAGUGUCUCAGCUUCAAACCGAGGAUGACGCUUCGACGGCUUCGACCAACUUGUCCCGGUUUCGAAUCAACGAAAUCGUUGAAUCCUCGGUUCCAAAGAAGAAGGGACGUUUGUUCGGUUUGGGUCGUCGCACCCGGUCGGUUCCUCCUUCUUCUGCACCACCGCCCUUUGUUGAUCCAGAAGUACUUACGGCUCAGUUGAAGGACAAAGAUGAUCGAAUAUCUUUGUUGGAGACCCAGAUGGCGGCUCAACAGGCGGGCUAUGAGGCACAGAGGAGGCUGAACCAGCAAAUGAUGGAGAUGAUGCAGAGGAUGUACCCGAACGAGGUGUUCCCGGACGUGCCAGACCCGGACAACUCCCUCGGAAAAUUCCGAGGAACGGAUCCCUCGGAAUAUAGCGAGGGAACAGUUCCUCGGAAUAAACCGAGGAAAAAGUCCGUCGGUAUACUCCUAUCGAUCGAUGUAUAUAUGUCCAAACACGCAUCGAUCGAUGAACUUCCGAGGAAUUAUCCCGACGAAGUUCUACCUCGGUAUAUUCCGAGGACUUUUCCGACAAACAAGGGAUCCUCGGAAUUUCCUCGGAAAUUUAUUUCCUCGGAAUUCCGUCGGAAAAUUCCGAGGGAUUUCAGAGGAAAAAAGAAAUUCCGAGGAAUUAUUUCCGACGACGUAUUUCGUCGGAAUUGCGUCGGAAUAACGAUAUUCCGACGAAAUUCCGACGAUUUUUUCCCUCAGAAUCCUUGAUGUUUUCUUGUAGUGAAUGAAAACGAAUCAAUCACAUGUAUCUCCAGCACGCUUUUCUUAAUAACCCAUGAAUACAUCCUCCAUCAAAAGUCUUUGUUUCUUUCAUCACCAACCAAAGAAAAAGUAUCACACAUCUAAAUCACAACCUCACGGACUUUCACACGGGUCUUGUUUCUUUCUCAAAUUCAUUUCGAUAAAUAUGAGCUUCUCUUGUGUUUAUAAAUACAUAAAUCUUUCCUCUCCUUAUUUCCUUAACAAUUACACUAUUUCUCCCUUCUCGAUAUAUUUGUAAUGGCAUCUUCAUCCCAUUAUCAUUACCACAAAGAUGAUGAUGAUGAUAUUGAUCUUGAUACCCCUUUUGAAGAUUUUUUUGAUAACUAUGCUCCUAUUCCAGAACCAAAAGAGAGAAAAAAACGUAUUGUGAUAGAGAGAAACCGGGAAGAAGGCCACAACCACCUUUGGAAUGAUUAUUUUAGCGAGAAUCCAACAUACUCUCGCAGUUUAUCCCGGCGACGGUUUCGAAUGAACAAAUCUUUGUUCCAGCGUAUUGUGCAUCGUCUCUCCACAGAAAUACCGUAUUUUCAACAAUCAAAAUAUGCAACCGGACGGUCGAGUCUAACUCCGCUCCAAAAAUGUACCGCAGCAAUUCGGCAAUUGGCAUACGGUGGUGCGGCUGAUACAAUAGACGAAUAUGUCUGAAUUGGUGAAACAACAGCUCGAAAAUGUUUGCACAAUUUUGCCGCGGGAAUAAUCACCUUGUUUGGCGAUGAAUACCUAAGACGGCCCACACCGGAGGAUCUAGAAAGACUACUACAUAUCGGAGAAGAACGUGGAUUUUCGGGGAUGAUUGGAAGCAUCGACUGUAUGCAUUGGGAGUGGAAGAAUUGCCCCACCGCUUGGAAAGGAAUGUAUUCACGAGGAACCGGAAAACCAACAAUUGUGUUGGAGGCCGUAGCUUCCUAUGACCUCUGGAUAUGACACGCGUUUUUUGGAGCUCCAGGUACUAUGAACGAUCUUAAUAUUCUUGAUCGAUCACCUGUUUUUGAUGACGUUAUUAACGGCAUCGCGCCACAAGUAAUCUUCUAUGUUAAUGGUAAUCCAUACCAUUACGCAUAUUAUCUCAUGGAUGGUAUUUAUCCGAAAUGAACGACUUUUAUUCAAUCUAUCCGACUACCACAAACUCAGAAACAUUCAUUAUUUGCUCAAACCCAAGAAUCAGUUCGUAAAGAUGUUGAGCGUGCCUUCGGAGUCCUGCAAGCUAGAUUUGCCGUUGUCAGAAAUCCGUCUAAGUUAUGGGAUAAAGAGAAAAUAGAAAAUAUUAUGAGAGCAUGUAUCAUACUCCAUAAUAUGAUUGUCGAAAAUGAACGGUCAUCAUUCAGUCAGUUUAACAAAUUUGAGUUUCAAGAAAGAGAAGAAGUGGAUACAUAUUCCGUCAACAUGCCUUCGAAUCUCGGCAGUACAAUGGAUCGUCGAACGAGCCUUCGUAAUAAACAAGCCCAUGAACAAUUAAAAAAUGAUCUGAUUGAAAAUAUAUGGGCCAAAUUUGGACAUUUUCAAUGAUUUGAAUAAGUUGUU